GAAUAAUUAGUUUUUAAUCACCACACGUAAUUACAUCUGACCAAACCUUUGUCCUAUCUAUUUUCAAUUCUUUCAAUUACAUCCCCUCCAAAAAAGCAAACCCUCUUCUUCUUGUUCUUCUUCUUCCUAUACCAUGGGAUCAAUAUCUGUAAUUCGCUCUCUCGGUCCUCAGGUUCCAGUUGAGAAUUUCAGUCCAGUUAUAAAGCAUACUAACAGGAUCAUGAUGCUUGGACACAAACAGGUUCCUGGGAAGAAAGCACCCAAACUUCAGAUCAAAUCCUCCUUCAAAAACAAGGUUUUCGAGGAUCGAUCUGAAGGGGUAAUCUGUUACAGAGAUGAAAGUGGGGAGAUUGUCUGUGAAGGAUACGAUGAGGGUCCUCGUUUCCAUAACCAGAUUCAGAGACCUACGUAUCAUCUAAGGGAUGCUGAGAUCUUUGAUCUUUUCCUACUCAGAUGGCUUCAGGUUAUAAAUGGUGAUGCAUUCAACAAUGCUAGUAAAGGUGUAAUUGCUGACUUCAAAUGGAAUGACUUCAACAAGUUCUAGUAAAGGAAGCCUGCAUCCUAUCAGGAUUCUAAACAGAAAUGUUUUGUGCAGCCUCUGCCGCACAAAACUAACCAUCUGAUAGGGGUGGAUCCUCGAUAUAGGAGCACGCACUCCCCUAUCUGGGAACUCUUUUGUAAAUUUCCCUGAAAUAAUUUGUUCUGCAGCCUGUGAAAGAAAGAACACUAGUUUCAGUUAUUAACAUGUUGUGUAUGGUAGGCAGAUUUGCAUAAAAGCACUCCCUUUUCUGCAAUUUGGAAGAUCAACAAUUCAGCUUCUUAUUCAACUUUUGCAUGAACUGCAUUGCCUUGUUCCUUUAUCCAUGUGAAAAUGAAUGAAAAUUUAAAGAGGAAAUGAUCAAUGGCAAAUACGAGGUAAUUUCUUGUACAUUCUUUAGUUGGUUCUGAACACUACCUGACCGACCAUUGUAACAAAAAAUUUGUCAAGGAUUAUAGUAAAGGAACUUUAUUUAC